GACUGGUUGAACUGCAUCAUAAAAUGUCACAACGAUCCGAUUUGUGUUUCCUACAAUUUCGAUCGUUCCUCGGACGAUCUUGGAGUCUGUGAAAUGCUGAGUUGUGGAAUAGAGAGUUUAUGCGACCAAAAAAGCUCUCUGAUGUACUUGAAAGGAGCGAUCUUUCAGCAGUUAACCUCGAAAAAGGAUACUAAUAUCUGUGAUCCGUCAUCAAGCACAGACAGUGAGGAUGGAAACAGGAAUUUCAGUUUUUCUUUUCCAUCUGUUGGUACAACUGAUAACUACGUUCAGAAGCAGGGCCCGAUGGUCCAUUUGUCACAGAUAAGUUUCUGCUUCUGGCUUAACGCGACAAGAGAUCGUCUGACCAUCUUUAGUUACCUGAGUUCCAAAGGAAUCAUAGAGUUAAUGUUGCAAGUCGUCGACAGGAAAAGUUUGUCGCUUACUGUGGGAGGAAAUUCAAGGAAAAUUAUGGCGACAGUAAACGAUGGGAAAUGGCAUCACACCUGCACCAUAUGGGACAACUCUGAUGGGGCGUGGUCGUUUUUCAAGGAUGGUGUUGCGGUAUCAAAUAGAAGCCGUUUUAAAGUCGGUUAUGUUAUUCCCCCUGGAGGAACAUUCGUGCUUGGUCAAGAACAAAAAUCUGACAAAACUUUCAAAAACGUGCCAUUUAUUGGCGAACUGGCUAAUUUUAACAUUUGGAGCCGCACUUUGCCUGCCAUAAAAGUCUUAAAGAUUUCCAAGUGGUGCUUUAGAGGACGGGGAGACGUGUUUUCGUGGCCUGAUUUUCAAUCUGUUCAGAUAAACGGCAACGUGAAAAUUUCAAAGCCUUCUUCUUGUGCGAAGUGAGCUUCAUGCAGUCUAUGCCUGGAUUGUAUUUUGUAGUUAUGCCAUAGAUAGCUUUGGCGAGGAAGACACUAAAAAGUAAUUGUGACAAAAAGAGCGAUC